CACUGCCGGCUUUCUUCUUACCACGUGGGGUUACGAUUCGGGGUAUCAUUGAGCUAUCCGAUGCCAAUCGCUACCGGGCUCUCGGAUCGUGAUGUCUUCUGAGUCGCCUCGGAUCCCGACGGCUACCCAUCUUAUCGCAGCCAAUGGCUUGAGUCCUCCGGGGUCAGAUGAGGCAAAGCUGCGUGUCUGUGACCACUGUAGAAUAAAGAAAACAAAAUGUGACCAAGUUCGUCCUGCUUGUGGAAACUGCCGCACGCGUCGCAUAGGUUGUUCGUAUACCAAACGAAGAAGAAAACCAGGACCUCCCAAGGGAUGUACAAAAAGACCCAAACACUCGACUGCUGAUGGGUCGACCACCUCUUCAGAGCGCAGCUCAAGUGGUCGAGCCCGGGACACUACGCUAUGCACCGACGGCUUGGGCUCUGCACCAUCUAGAGCUUCGAAUCGAAUUAGCUCUAUUGAUGAUGUGCCCCUCCUGUCUUGGUCUGAAAAUGACUUGGGAAGGCUGCUAUCAUACGGUCCAAAUGUCAGCCUCGAGAUGGAAACUUACCUACUGAAUCUUUACUUCAAACACAUCCAGCCAAACUACCAAUUAUUCGAGCCUUGUCCAGACAGGCGACUCAGAAACGCGAUCCACAUGUCACCACGUCUCAAAAUGGCACUGUUCGCUGUGUCAUCACGAUUCGCUACCCCAGGGGUCAUGCCAUGGUCACCAGAAGACUUUGCUCAACGAGCUAAAAGUCUUUCAAACGACUCGGAGCUCAGCGUCGACGAACUGAAAGCGUCUUUCCUCCUGUGCCUUCACGCCAUGUCUGACUCCUUUACGUGGAGAACUGUCACCGAAACCACCAAGAUCACUAGGAUGGCUGAUCUGUAUUACACGAUGCACCUCGGAGGAAAGCGUAAUCGGUCGGGGUCGGUCUUCUAUCUCGGCAGCGAUGAGGACCCAGGCAGCGGGGGCAGACUGUCAGCGAGCCGAAAAAGCGAAGUAGAGGACUUUGAUGCUGAGAUGGAGGAGUGGAACAGGGUAUGGUGGUGUAUCUACCGCCUCGACUCCUGCUGCUGUGCCUUCAUGGUAUCGCCAAACCCGAUCUCAAGCCGCCUCGAAGAGAAGAUCAAGUUCCCUUCCGAAUCGCUCACCGAGUCCGGAUUACAGCCAGGAUUCAACUCAGAACAAGACCGGGACCUGUUCCGGCACGGGUCAAAGCAUCCAAAGCACUGGCAAAUGAUGAGGGCCAAGUUUUCCCAGCCGGAUUGCACGAACCAGAGCCUCUAUCUCGGCGUGUGCUCCUUUGUGAGAUCUGUCACAGAACUCAGGUCUCUAGCAAAGUCCGGCCGCGGCCGAGGCUUGGAGAACCGCCUUCGGGAGCUCGAGAGCGAUAGCGCAGCCACGGCAUUUGCGCUGCCUUCGUGGUACUUUCAGCCUGUGAGGAAUGUGAGCAUCGGAGAGACGGGGGAAGAUCAUGCGUGUCGGCUGAAGAACUUGCUUGUCUGGUCCUGUUCCGACUUGCUACUCGCGAUCUGUGUCGCCGAGAUGAGCAGCUCAUCGACCACAGCGGCUCCCGAUCUCACAGCACACUGGCACUCGAUUCUAGACAAGGCAAACGAUGCGGCUGAAGUUGUGGGCAAAUGGAAGCCAGCCUACCUUGACAUCGUCGACCCGCUGUGCUCCUACAUUGUUCUUUUGGUCGGCGCAAUCUUCGCUUUCCAAAGAGCGCGCUCGCCCGAGAUGUCUUCUUACUCCUCCCAGCUUGACCUACUGGAGUUGUUUAUGGAGCAGAUAGGGACUCGUUGGCCUAUAGCAAAUCGUCUCGGCAAAUCCCUUCAAUCGAUACAGAGAAACCUGACUUCGGGCAAGUUUACGUGUACACUCGAGACAGCGCUCACCUACGUUCGCCAGUUGGCUCACCCUUUCGAUGGCCAACCUGUCCACCCCGCCAUGAAAGGUGAAGCCCCAGGAGCGAGCACAACGGGAUCUACAGAGGCAACGGACACAAGCAACGGAGACUAUCUAGCCAGCACAUAUGAUGAGGGAUACGGGCAUUACAACGAUCUCGACGAUGUUGAUUUCGCGAGUUUGGAGGGAGUUUUGAGCGGUGUAGACCCGAUGGAUAUGCUACUACAAGUAGGCUGUUGAGCAGAGGCGGGAAGGACUUGGCUUGCAACCCGGGAUGAUGCAAGGACGGCGUAUCCUCGUAGUGUUAUCUUAGCUGCCCAGGAAAAGACCGAAAUUUGUGCCCGGAA